AUGUUUAUGUGGUCUGGAGACCAUCCAAAUUAUGAUAAAACCGAGCUGUGCACUUUAGAACUUCACCAUUUUGGUUUGUUGGAAAAUGGUGUAUAUAAGGGUGGGAAGAAAAUUGGGGCAGAGCUUGGGUAUAAAGUGGAUAUAACCCAGAAGGUGACAAGCCUAAAAGUGUUCUAUAGGGUGCAUGCAGAAGAUGUUGUGAAGGAGGUCUUAGAUGAUAGGUGCAUUGCAAACUUAGUUGCUACCAUUCCAUCAAAUAGAAGAGUUGUGCUGUAUUUCCAUGAUCCAACUGACCAGAACACACUUGGCAGUCAAAACGAAAUGGAGUAUGCAAAUGUGGCUAAAGAGGAACAUGUGGAAGUUGAUUCUAAAGGUAAUGAAGCAGACAAUGAAGAGGAAAAUGUGGAAGUUGAAUCUGAUGGUAGUGAAUUUGAAAAUGAAGAAAAAGAGGUGGAUGAAGAGUUAAAGGACAGUGAUUAUGAAUACACUAAUGAUGAGAUGCCAAACAUUGAUCCUGGAAUGACAGCAAAAAAGAGAGCAAAUGUUCUACCAAAUGUGGAUGAAGAGGAACCAACGAUUGAUCCUCAAAUGGUGCCUCCUAAUGAAGGUACAGGGGCUAUCUCAUAUAAUGGUGAAGACACUGAUGCAUUCCCUUCUGAAGGUGAAACUUCCGAGGAUGACCAAGGAAAUGGAGAAAACUCUAAGAAGUCAAAGAAGAGAAAGAAGAGAAAAUUACUAAACUUUAAACAAUUUAGAAGAGAGACUGACCUCAGAAAUCCUCAGUUUAAGUUAGAAAUGCAGUUUGUUGACAGAGAAGAAGUGAAGAAAGCUAUUAAGGAGUACGCUCCUGUGGAAGGCAAAUCUAUAAAGUUUGUGAAGAAUGAUAAUUUUCGGGGGGAGGAGGAAGGAGGGAGGAUAGAAUGA